GGAAGAAGCAGAAGAAGAAGAAGUCCAAAAGAAUAACCGCCGAAAACAAAGAGUGGAAAUCCCAUGUUUUCACUCGGCAUUGUGGGCUUCCUUAAUAUCAAGACAAAGAAAAGAAUUGUUAUUUUAGGCUGUUAAAUUAAUUACUUCUCUAAAUCUCAAUUUCCAAACCGUUGGAUCAUUCCCUCCCGAGAGAUCUGGGCCGUCCGAUUAGGGUGGUGUGGGAUUCUCAGUUGGAGUACAUGUGCUGCUAUCUUUCCUUUGCUUUAUUUUGAUGACCUCUUUUUCAUCUUUGCUUUCUUGCAUGGAUUUCUCCUCCCACACAUAGUAUGAGUCACAUACAAGAGUUUAUUUUUCUUUCAAUUUUAUUUAUUUCUUUAAAGUUUAAUUUUCUUCCUUAGUGUUAGCUUGUUCAUGGCCAUCAUUUGCAACAAAGUUUCUUGAUAUUUGAUUCUUUCUUCAAGUUUCAACUACCCUACAGCUGCUACUACUUCUAGUAAGUGCAACAAGAAAGAUAGAUAGUUAGAGAGAGAAAGAGAGAGUGCUAGCUAACUCAUCAUCUUUCUCUACUCAUCACAUCUCCAAACAUCAAAAUUCUAGAGCUCAUCAAAAAGAUAUCCUUCAAUUACAACACAAGCUCAAGAACAUUGAAAAAAACUCAAGUUCGAAUUCUGUUUUUCAAGUCUCUCUAUGAUGGAGAAAGAGCACAUCUGCAAGCUGUGCAACAAGAGCUUCCCCUGUGGGAGAUCAUUGGGAGGCCACAUGAGGUCUCACCUGAUCAACACUCCGACACCGGGUCAUCCCGGCAACGACGAAAGCCCCCCGAAGAAGAAGAAGAAUGACAAACCAAACCCAACUCCAAACAAGGCCUGCAAGGAAUGUGGGAAGGCCUUCCAAUCAUGGAAGGCCCUGUUUGGCCACAUGAAAUGCCACUCUGCAAAUCAAGAUUCCGGCAAGCCGAUCAUCAUGGACAGCCAAUCGGACAACGAGGCGACUCCCCCGCCCAAGAGGAAGAGAUCCGAUAGGAUCAUCACAAGGUACAACAGCGCAUCCAUCAUCACAAACUCUUCCUCCUCUCUAACCAUAGCGACAACAACUGAUGAUAAUGAUGAUGAAGAAGAUUAUGAUCACAACAAGGAUCACGGUGAUGAUGAUGAUGAGCACCGCGAGCAAGAGGAGGUCGCCCUGAGCUUGAUCAUCCUCUCUAGGGACAAAGGCUCAUGGGAGCCUACCUCAAAAAGUAUCGGUGUUCAGUGCUUGCAGAAGCUCAAGAAACCGAGAGUCGAGGCCAAGACGAGGAAGCUCGAGUCACUGAACACAGAGGGUGAGGUUGGAUGCGAUGAUGAGGUGGAAGUGAACUCGCCCAAGAACGUGAACAAGAAGAGUUUUAGGAAGGAGAGAGAGGGAUCAAGAGAGAGAAACAGCAGGAAAUUCAGAUGCUCAAUGUGCAAGAAGGCGUUCCAGUCAUACCAAGCUCUGGGAGGGCACAGGGCGAGCCACAAGAAGUUCAAAGGCUGCUGCGCUCCCCAAGAAACAGAGGAUUCACAGAGCCAGCUGGGUGAGAAUCUGAUGAUGAUGAUGAAGAAGAGCAAAGAGCACGAGUGCCCGAUUUGCUUCAAAGUUUUCCCAUCGGGCCAAGCUCUGGGCGGCCACAAGAGAUCCCACUUGAUCGUCGUGGAUCAAGCCAAGAGCAGCUCUCCGCCUCUCAGCAGAGGCUUUCUUGAUCUCAACUUGCCUGCUCCUGCUGAGGAGGAGGAAGAAGGAUGUGAUGACUUCAUCAAGCCGUGGUGGAUUGGUGCCGGCAUCGGCCUACUCUCCACUUCAUGAUCGUGGAAAUUCACACACAAGUGUACAGAUUCAUUCAUUCUUUACAGCAAAUCUGAAUGCUUUUUUCUUAAGAAAAAUAUAUGUAAUAAAUGGUUCUUGAUUAGGCUAAGGCCAUUGAAGUAAAACAAGUUUUUUUUAAGGA